AAUAAUGAAUACCUGUUUUUAUUCUAUUUUUGUCAUGGCAGGAAAAAUCUUGCAUGAGGAGCAUGUUGAACUCUUGAUGGAGGAAUUUGUGUUCCUGAAAAAAGAAGUGGUGGGGAAAGAUCUGCUGAAAGGGUCACUUCUCUUCACAGCUGGGCCAUUGGAAGAAGAGCGAUUUGGCUUCCCCUCCUUCAGUGGCAUCUCUCGCCUGACCUGGCUGGUCUCCCUCUUUGGGGAGCUUUCUCUUGUGUCUGCCACUUUGGAAGAGCGAAAGGAAGAUCAGUACAUGAAGAUGACUGUGUGCCUGGAAACAGAGAAUAAAUGCCCGCUGUCAUGGAUUGAGGAGAAAGGGCCUGGUAUGAAACGAAACAGAUAUUUAAGCUUCCAUUUCAAAUCUGGGUCCCUGGAGAAUGUGCCAAAUGUAGGAGUCAAUAAGAACAUUUUCUUGAAAGAUCAAAAUAUAUUUGUCCAGAAACUCUUGGGCCAGUUCUCUGAGGAGGAACUGGCCGCUGAGAAGAAACGCAUCCUGCACUGCCUGGGGCUUGCAGAGGAAAUCCAGAAACGCUGCCGUCUGCAGAAGUAAAAGGAGGGAGCAGCGCGGCACCUCCAGGAUGAGACCAAAGUUUGGUUUUUAUGAAAAGUUGACCUUUAUCUUUAUUUUUACAAUUAAAUAUGUUGGGUAAACAUCA